GUCCAGACACUGUCAACUUGCUUUGCUGAGGCUAAAACCUGUGAUUUGACCAGUUUUGAGAUGGAUGUCUUCACCAGCAACAUACGUCCUUCACUUGCUCUUCUGGAGAUGUUCGAUUUCAUGGAUGCUCUGCUCGAUGCUCUGCUCGAUGAUCGGAUGGAUGUUCAGACCGAAGCUCUGAUCCAUAGUCUGAUCCAUGCUCUGCUCAAUGUUCAGGGCAAUGUUCGGAUCGAUUUUGGGAAACAUGCUCUGAUCGGUGAUCUGAUCGAUGCUCUGAUCAAUUUUCAGACUGAUGAUCUGAUGCAUACUCUGAUCGAAGCUCUGAUCAAUUUUCGUAUCGAAGCUCCAAUCAGUGUUUGGUUCAAUGCUUGGAUCCCUGCUCCGAUCCAUACUUUCACCAUUCAGCUGAAGGCCCUAAAGAGCCUUCGUAUGUUCUAUCAGCAACUCCAAAAUACUUUUCAUCUCUUCUCCUCCGCCGUGACAACCGAUCCAGGCCUGAAGCAAUGUGUAGACAAGGGCAGAUGGUCGGAGCUACUACAAAAAGACCAAGCUACUACUACUCCUCCUCCGGAUGUGUGGUCUUCAGCCUCCACAUGGGGCCAGGACUAUAACAAGGACCAGGGCGAGGACUAUAACAAGGACCAGGGCGAGGACUAUAACAAGGACCAGGGCCAGGACUAUAACAAGGACCAGGGCGAGGACUAUAACAAGGACCAGGGCCAGGACUAUAACAAGGACCAGGGCGAGGGCUGUAACAAGGACCAGGGCCAGGACCAAGGUAACGGAUGGAGAACACAUGGACCACAUGGAGACCUAUGUGCCAUCGCUGCCCUCCUGUUUCUGGGUUGUCAGUAGUUAACACAGCCACACAAAGUCAAAAUUGGCUAAAUUGUAGACAUUUAUCAAGAAAAAAAUUAGCUUAAUUUAGGGUUAGGCAUAAGGUUAGCAGUGUGGUUAAGGUUAGGGUUAGGUUUAAAAUCACAUUUUAAGAAGAUAAACUGUAGAAAUAGGCGGGGUUUAUGACUUUGUGGCUGUGGUAACUGGUGACGAGCGAUAGCGCCAACCCCAAAGGGAGAUUAGCUGACGUCAUGGCGUCAACUAAAGGGGAUCUUAAUAAAAUUCAAGUUCACUCUGUCGUCUCUUUCCCUCUCUCCAUAUCUCUCUGUGGUUCUCUCUCUCUCUUGCGGAUUACCUUCAUUUUGAUGUGAGGUGAAGCGAUGAAGACUGAUAAAAGAGUCUGCGUUUACUCCCCUUCAUGGAUUCAAGACUUAACAAGCGCCCACUUACUAACGUUACACAAUUCAGCUUUGCUUUGACAUCCACUAUCAGAUCCAUUAAGGGGAGUGAACAGGGACAGGAGAGAACAUCUUCCUGGAAUGAAACAGGCUGAGUUUAAAGUGUGACCAUGUUAUUUUGUAAAUAUAUUGUAUUGUAGUUCAGAACCUCUACGCCUGUCAGGUCAGUCUAUUUUUGAUUGCUACUGGUGACCCUGUAACCCGGUACUAUCCUGUGUCAGUAAUUUGAGAUAUAUAUGGUUAAAUUAAAAAAGAUUUGUAAUAUUGAUAUUGUGCGUGACGUAAAAAUGUCCUUUGGAGUGGAACUUGAGGCAGAAGAUUUUUCUGACGCUGAGCAGGCGACAAAGAUUUUGUACAAACUGAAACGUAGUAAAAGCAUGGAUGAGCCUAUAUUUUUUAGUUCAGAAACUGAGAUCUACAUAAGUAAAGAUGCAGAUGAUCAGACAUUGAGAGUGAAAAACAAUGGCAUAGACUCUUCUCAACGCAAACGUAGGAAUAGCUUAAAUAUUCCACCAAAUUUGAGUAGAGCUGUAACAUGCACACUGAAACAUAUGUAGCUUUAUGUAUACUUCAGAGAUACAUUGUCACACUUUAAACCAGGUGUACUGUAUCUAAUAAAGCCUUCAUGACACCUUCAUAAUAUCCUACAUAGAGGCUACACAAAUCAUUUGAAAUCAAAUGUCAUGCUGCAAGAAAAGGUGAUAUAACAGGUCCUUUGUUAUGGUCCCUCCCCAAAUGUAUAACGCCUAACCCCAAAAAGGUUGAGGCAACACUUUCUAAGUCGCCGAUGAUGCAAAUGUUACAUCAGGUCUUAGGCCUGAAAGAGACAGUUGUUUUAGUCUAUUUCUGACUCACCUAGGGUGUUUUUAAGUAUAUUAGCUUAAAGGGCAUCUCCACCACUUUCUAACCUCAUUCUCAUUAUGUCCAGCACAAUACCAGUGUCAACAUAUGUGAAAACGGCACAUUUGCGCGUUUUGUAGAAAAAUGAUAUAAAAAGACAUCAAAAGUUAAAACAUUUAAAAAUCUGUGAUUUUCACGGUAACCUGGGGAGCAAGAUAAUAGCCUCCAUUGGGCUAGAAACUUGUUGAAGGUUGUGAAAAUCACUUUUAAUCCUAACCUCUGCCUUUUUAAGGACCUUGUCUUUUAAACCACAGAUCAUAGAAAUGCCCUGUUUUCACAUAUUUAGACACUGGUUUUGUCUUGGAGUUGAUGAAUAUAAGGUUGAGAAAUAGCGGAAUUGCUCUUUAACAUUGUUCAGAAAAUCCUGGAAAGCAUGGAAAAUGUAUCAUUCUAAAGCAUGGCACAACGUUGCUUUUGAACCAGCUAACAAACUGUUUGUUAAUUGUUUAGAUUAAUCAACAACACCCUAGAUAAGUAAGAACUGUCCCUUCAACAGAUUAUUUAUAUAUUUUUAUAUAUAUAUUUAUAUUUGUUUGAUGUAAUUUGCAUGUAUAUAUGGCUUACUUGAAUUCAAGUGACUGUCAGAUCACAAUUAACAUUGCAUGGAGCAUGAGUUAUACACGAAGGAGGUAGACAGAAGGACGGCAUACUAACCAUUUGAGCUUUAUUGAGCUGUAGAAAAUGUGCCCUACAUCAAAAACUGUUUGUCACCCUUGAUACAGUAUAAGGUUAAACUACUAUCAUACUAACAUCGAUGAUUGCUCCUUCUAUGUUUUAAAUGUAGAUAUCUUUUGUAUUUUUAAUAUGUUAAUAAAAAUCUGCUAUUUUA